CGCUGCCUCUCGUGAACUGCAAACGAAGCAACACUUGGCCACGUUUUCCUCAUAAAGCCUUCUUCGCCAUUCUCGCAUUCUUCUCAUAAACAAGGCGGAGCCGCGGAGGGGAAAAAAAGAAGCAUUGGCAUUAAUGGAUAAGAUUUUGUAUGUGCUAAUGGCUUUGCUGCUCCUCUUGUGCUCUGCGGUGGCCACGCGGACGGCCGUGCAGCUCUCGCAGGAGGCCGAGCUGUUGCGCGAGGCCGGCUACGGCGAUGAGAAGCUGUCCACGGUGUUGGUGGGCGGAGCCGUUGUCUGCAAUGCCGGCGUCAAGUCGCUUGUCCCAGGUGUCGAGGUUGGAGUUGAAUGUAAAAUUGGAGGAGGAAAUGUGAGAUGGGCCUAUGGAAAGACUGACGAAAGUGGAGAGUUCUUGAUCGAUCUUCCUUCUCAUCUCCAUGCAAACCCAAAGCUCGAAGAAGAUUGUGUAGUUCGUGUGCAUCACAUUCCCAAGGGCUCUUCGACUUGCAAUAUGGCAAUGGGUCGACGAUUUAAACCGCUAAAACUAUCCUUUGCCCAAGAAGGCACUAGAAUGUACUCCGCGGGAACCCUGACACUAUUAGAAAGAUCAAAUAAGUAUCAUAACUAAGUGUGAGUUACAUGUCUAUUUGUGCAUAGUUAAUUAAGAAUGUAUGACGGCAUGAUGUACUCGUAUCUAUCACUAUUUGUCACUUAAUUCAAAAAUUUUAUUUUUAG